AUGUCUCAGUGGAGGCUCAGAUUCCCCGCUGACACUUUACACAGGGCUGGACUGGGGUCCCUGUUGUUUCUGCUGCUGCUGCUUCUGGUGUCAGGGUCUUGCACCGAAACUGUCAAUUUCCUCACUUACGAGGAAGAAGCCCUCGGCACCUUCAUCAGUGUUCUGUCUGACCACAUCCUGUUUAACUCCCAGCGCGAGGUGCCAGGCCAGUUCCGCCUGAUUAAGUUCAACAGCUCGCUGAUCCAGGUGCAAGAGGGCGACGUCCUCGGAGACGCGGGCCUGGACCUCGAGCGAGUGUGUGGCCAGGCCUUCAAAGUGGUCAGCUUUUGGCGGGAGCAGUUCCGGCGGGUGCACGUGGAGGUGGAGGUGAGGGACGUCAACCACCACGAGCCACGAUUUUCCCGGGCCCAGAUCCCGGAGGAGGUGUCCGAGGGCGCGGCCGUGGGCACGCGCAUACCCUUAGAGGUGCCGGUGGACGAGGACGUGGGCGCCAAUGGGCUGCAGAGCGUGCGCCUGGCCGAGCCGCACAGCCCCUUCCGCGUGGAGCUGCAGACGCGCGCGGACGGUGCCCAGUGCGCCGACCUGGUGCUGCUGCAGGAGCUGGACCGCGAGAGCCAGGCCGCCUACAACCUGGAGCUGGUGGCCCAGGACGGAGGCCGCCCGCCGCGCUCCGCCACGGCCGCCCUUAGUGUGCGCGUGCUGGACGCGAACGACCACAGCCCGGCCUUCCCGCAGGGCGCCGUGGCCGAGGUGGAGCUGGCGGAGGACGCGCCCGUGGGCUCGCUACUUCUCGACCUGGACGCGGCGGACCCCGACGAGGGCCCCAACGGCGACGUGGUGUUCGCCUUCGGCUCCCGUACCCCGCCCGAGGCGCGCCGCCUCUUCCGCCUCGACCCGCGCUCGGGCCGCCUCACCCUGGCCGGGCCCGUGGACUACGAGCGCCAGGACACUUACGAGCUGGACGUGCGGGCGCAGGACCGCGGCCCCGGGCCCCGCGCCGCCACCUGCAAGGUCAUCGUGCGCAUCAGCGACGUCAAUGACAACGCACCGGACAUCGCCAUCACCCCGCUGGCCGCCCCGGGCGCGCCUGUCGCCUCGCCCUUGGCCGCCGCCGCCGCUGCUCUCGGGGGUGCGAACGCGACCUCGUCGACCGGGCCCGGGACGCCAGAGGCCGGAGCCAUCUCGCUGGUGCCAGAGGGGGCGGCACGCGAGAGCCUGGUGGCGCUGGUCAGCACCUCGGACAGGGACUCGGGAGCCAACGGGCAGGUGCGCUGCGCCCUCUAUGGGCACGAGCACUUCCGGCUGCAGCCGGCCUACGCGGGCAGCUACCUGGUGGUGACCGCGGGGUCGCUGGACCGCGAGCGCAUCGCCGAGUACAACCUGACGCUGGUGGCCGAGGACCGCGGCGCGCCCCCGCUGCGCACCGUACGGCCCUACCUGGUGCGGGUGAGAGACGAGAACGACAACGAGCCGCUCUUCACGCGGCCGGUCUACGAGGUGUCGGUGCGUGAGAACAACCCGCCCGGGGCCUACUUGGCCACGGUGGCCGAGGACACCGACCUGGGCCGCAACGGCCAGGUUGCCUACCGGCUGCUGGAGGCCGUGUCCACCUACGUCUCAUUGGACCCCGUCACUGGGGAGCUGCACGCACGACAGUGCUUUGACCGCGAGGAACUGGCUGAGCUGCGGCUGGGGCUGGAGGCGCUCGACGGCGGCUCUCCGCCGCUCCGGGGCCGGGCCGUGGUGCGGCUGCAUGUGGAGGACCAGAACGACCACGAGCCUCGGCUGGUGACCCCGCCACUCGUCAGUGACUCAGGCCAGGCCCCUCUGCCCCGGGACGCGCCCCUGGGCUACCUGCUGACCCGACUGCAGGCUAGGGACGCGGACCAAGACCUCAACGCGGAGCUGACUUACAUCCUGCUCCGCAGCGACUGCGGUCCCGGGGCGCUAGCGCUACACCCGGCCACGGGUGAGCUGCCCCUGCAGUGCCGCCUGUCCCCGCAGCCCGCCGACCCGCUGACGGCGGCCGUCGUGGUGCUGGACGGAGGCCGGCCGGCCCGGUAA